AUGUCGUCCGCUGGGCCAACAUUGCCUCCACACUUGAGGAACAGCCAAGACGAGACUGACUCGGAUUCGGAUAAUGAACUUGUUGGUCCAGCUCUGCCUCCUGGGUACAAACGAGGGUCUUCAGACGACAGUGAAGAAGAGGUGUCUCCAAAAAGAGCCAAAACAAGCCACGCCACUGGAAAUCAACAAGAAAAUGCAGUAACUGAAGAAGAAGAUGAUGAUGAUGGAUUCUUUGGACCAGCUCUACCUCCAGGAUUCAAGAAGCAAGAGAGCUCUCCUGACCCGACCCCUGCAAUAGGACCAGCAUUACCACCUGGAUUUCGGAAACCGUCCUAUGAUGAUGAGGAGGAGGAGGAUGACAGUGAAGAUGAAGAAGAUUUCUCAGGCCCAGCACUGCCCCCUGGAUACCAGCACCAGGCAUCCAGCAGUGAAGAUGAAGAUGAGGAUGUCAUUGGACCCAUGCCAUCGAAAGGGCCCACUGAAGACUCAGUGGCUCUGGAUAUUGAGCGGCGGGCUCAAAGAAUGAAAGAUAAGCUCUCAGGCAAAGAUGCCCCAGUUGCACCCGCACGGGAAUCGUGGAUGACUGAGCUCCCACCUGAACUCCAACACAUUGGUCUUGGUGCUCGAACGUUCAAAAAGAAAUCUGGUCCUGAAAAAGGUGAUCGCUCAAUUUGGACGGAUACACCUGCAGACAGGGAGCGCAAAACCAGGGAGCGUCUUGAAGGGAAACUUAAAGAUGAAAAGGAAAAAAAAGAUGAUCCUCCACAGCUCUCUAUUAAAGACAUUCAGAUGGCAGAUAAAGUAUCUAAAUAUAAUGACUCCAAACGUGCAGAGUCUCUCAUGACCUUACACUCAAAGAAGAUGAAGGAGAAGGCAAAAGAGAAGGCUGAUCAACCCGUGGAAAGAAGGCCAUUCGACCGAGAUGCAGACCUUCAAGUAAACCGCUUUGAUGAAGCUCAGAAACAAAGACUGCUAAAAAAAUCUCAGGAACUGAACACACGCUUCUCCCACAGCAGAGACAGAAUGUUUCUGUAA